AUGUUAACACCCACAGCAGCCAAUAUGACCAAUGCGAACGAUGGUAACGAUACGAUAAAAAGUUUAUCAUUAUCAAAUGAAAAUCAUGUGAAAAUGAAUGGUAUUGUUGAUAAUGAACAAAAUUGGAAAGCAAAAUUAAAAUUACCACCAAAAGAUUAUCGUCCACAAACAGAAGACGUAACAAAAACACAAGGUCACGAAUUUGCAAAUUAUUGUUUGAAACGUGAACUAUUAAUGGGCAUCUAUGAAAAAGGAUGGGAAAAACCGUCACCAAUUCAAGAAAGUUCUAUUCCAAUAUCCUUAAGUGGUCGAGAUGUUAUUGCUCGCGCCAAAAAUGGUACUGGUAAAACAGGCGCAUACGUAAUUCCAAUUAUUGAACGCAUUAAUCCAGAAAAAAAAGUCAUUCAAGCAGUAAUAUUGGUACCAACGCGAGAAUUAGCCUUGCAAACAAGUGCCAUAUGCAUGGAAUUAUCAAAACAUUUGAAUCUACGUAUCAUGGUUACAACAGGUGGUAUAAAUUUAAGAGAUGAUAUCGCUCGUAUUUAUGAAACAACGUGUCAAAUAAUGAUCGGAACACCAGGCCGUAUAUUAGAUUUAUUGCAUAAAAAGAUUAUUGAUUUGAGUCAAUGUAAUUGUUUUGUAUUGGAUGAAGCUGAUCGUUUGUUAUCACAAGAUUUUCAAAUAAUGCUUGAUGAGAUGAUGUCUUAUGUUCAACGUGAACGACAAAUGAUGUUAUUUUCAGCCACAUUUCCGGUUGUUGUCGAACAGUUUAUUCGAAAACAUAUGAAAAAUCCCUAUGAAAUCAACUUAAUGAAUGAAUUAACGUUGAAAGGUAGUGACUACUAUAACGUUUUUAUCCAUCGAUAUUGUAUUACUCAGUAUUAUGCAUUCGUCCAAGAGAAACAAAAGGUUCAUUGUUUAAAUACAUUAUUCUCAAAACUACAAAUUAAUCAAUCCAUCAUUUUCUGCAAUUCGACUCAACGUGUUGAAUUACUGGCCAAAAAAAUAACUGAAUUGGGUUACUCAUGUUAUUACAUUCAUUCGAAAAUGCGUCAAGAACAUCGUAACCGUGUGUUUCAUGAUUUUCGCAGUGGUUUAUGUCGAAAUUUGGUUUGUUCUGAUUUGUUCACACGUGGUAUUGAUAUCCAGGCUGUCAAUGUUGUCAUCAAUUUCGAUUUUCCGAAACUCUCUGAAACCUAUCUUCAUCGAAUUGGUCGAUCUGGUCGUUUUGGUCAUUAUGGUAUUGCGAUCAGUCUCAUAACGUACGAUGAUCGUUAUGCAGUACAUCAGAUUGAACGAGAAUUAGGUACUGAAAUUCAACCAAUCCCAAGACAAAUUGAUGAAUCAUUGUAUGUAGCCAAACAAGUAGUUGAUGAUGAUAGUCAUCAUCCAAGAAAUAAUGAUAAUCAUGAACAAACAACGUCUGAUAAAGAAAAUAAAUUGGAUUCAACAGAGAAUAAAUAA